GCGCCCCCCCCCCCGGAAGGCGGCGGCUCUGGUGCCUGCGACGCGCGAUGGGCAACGGGCUCGCUGGCUGCGACGGCAGCUCGGCCGUCCACGACGGCCAGACGGUGCUCGGCGGCGGCUCCCUCGACCUCGACGGGGACGCCGACGGCGGCAGGGGACGGGGCAGCCGGGGCGACCGGGACGCGCGCAGGACGGGACGGUCGAACAGGCGCGCGAGUGGCAGCGCCAGAUCCGGGGCGAAAACCGGCAGCUGGAGCGCGACAUGGGCCGCAUACGCCAGGAGGAGGCGAAGCUGAAGAGAGAGAUCACGCAGAUGGCGAACAAGGGCCAGCUGCAGAGCGUGAACACGCUGGCCAAGCAGGUCGUGAAGUCCAGGAAGUCGAUCGCGCGCCUGGAGCAGACGAGGUGCUCGCUGAACGCCCUCAACCUUCAGGACACACUUUCUCACCACCGCCAUAGCGUCCGCAUCGGCGUCUAG